AUGGCUCACCAAAUUACUUGCCGUAUACUACUGGGUGAGUGCCUUGCGAGAAAUAAGGACUUUGUGGAAACCUCUCAAAGCUUCAAUCGGUCCUUGUUCAUCAGCGCGAUCCUGGUAAAUGGCAUGUGGCUGGGCCCUCUGCGAGAUGUGGUCGCCUGGUUCACUGCCAUCAAACACAGAUGGGACUUGCAAAGAUGCGUCAAGCACCUGAUCCCCGAGAUUGAAGAUGCCCAGAGUCGACCAGGCGAGCGUAACGAUGCCAUUGAGGGCAUGUUGAAGCUUGCAAAGGAUGAUCCACGCGAGUCGCAGCCCGAGCGCAUGGCACACCAAUUGAUGCAUCUCAUGUUUGCUGGCAGUAGCGCCCCCGGAGGUCUCGUCGUGCAGAUGGUCUACCAGAUCUUGACGAGCCCGGCAUAUCUUGCUCCUCUGCGACAGGAGAUUUCCAAGACGCUACAGGAAACGGCGGGUUUCAACGCAGCUUUCCUGUCCCGCACGCCGCUGCUCGAAAGUUUCAUGCGGGAGACGAUGCGGCUGUAUCCGACGGGUGUAGUCUCGGUGACACGCGCUGUGAUGCAGGAGCCGUUUCGCUUCCACGACGGCUUGACGUUGCCCAAAGGCUCACGCUUCGCCUUCCCAAUCCACGCCAUUCAUCGAGAUCCAGACAACUACGACGACCCGCUGUCCUUCUGCGGGUUCCGCACCGCGGAUCGCAAAGACAUCAACGCGACGACUGUCGACGCGACCUUUUUGAACUUUGGCUUCGGGCGGCAUGCAUGUCCAGGCCGGUUCUUCACCGUCCGCAUCGCCAAACUCAUCUUUGCAAAGCUUUUGCAUGAGUAUGAUAUGGAGUGGGAGGGCAAAACGGCUUCACGGCCGCCAAACAUGUGUAUUGAAGUGCAGAAUGGGCCAAACAUGGACGCUGAAGUCAAAAUGAGCAAAAGACAGGUUGCGAGCUAG